UUUACCACGUCUAUGCAAUUUAGGUUAUGUCGUUUUUGAUAGUUAUAAAUAAUUUUUAAUUUCAGAAUAAGUACAAGAAAUUAAAAAGAAAUCUAUAAACAUAUCUCAAAAAUGGAUUCUAUGUGAAAGUUGUAUUGAAAAAUAUCGUGCAUUUGACGUAAAAUAGGUUUAGAAAAAUGAAGAUAAAUGAAAAAAAUUUGGUUAAGAGGAAUGUAGAGAAAAAUGUAAAGAAGAACCCUGAGAGUGAUAAAAAACAUUCUGAAACUGAAUCAAAGGGAAAAGAUGCUCUUAAAUAUGGUCCUUUACCAAGGUUCCCUGGCCAGAGAGUUUGGACCAGAGGAAUAUUAAUACUGGGUGUAUUAAUUUACGUUUGGUACUUUUCAAAAAGUUCAAAAGAGACAGUAUUGGCUAAACAGAAUGAUAUGUAUAACAGAAGAGGUCAGGUUAUUGAAUGCAGUGAAGAAUACUUAGAUGACAUCAAACAGUAUCCAGGAUGUAUUCCACAAAAGUGUGGGAGGUAUGUUAGCGAUAAAAUUGUUACCGCACACGAAGUCGAAAUUUUACUUCAGCUUGCAAACAGAGUGAUGGCUCUUGGGGGCUCGAAAGGAGGAGCAACCAUAAUGGAUCUGCACUCUGGGGCUUUGUCGUUUGAUGACAAAUUUAUCAAUGUGUAUGCCCAGAAAAAAAAUAAAAUUUUAACACCGACCGAUCUAACAGUAUACAAAUUAGUCAGAACGAAAAUUCAGAAUGCUAUAGCAGAAACGUUUGGAAUAGAUGUUGGCAGCUUGUAUUUAACUCACCCUACGUUCUUUUCGAAACUUUCUAAUUUAACACCUGUUACACCUCACGACGAGUACUGGCACGUCCAUAUAGACAAACACACCUAUGAGUCGUUUCACUAUACAUCACUGCUCUACCUGAAUGAUUAUGGUAUUGACUUCAAAGGAGGGCGAUUUGUUUUUUUAAACGAUGCUUCUAAUCCUACAAAAAAUGUCACAGUAGAACCUAGGAAAGGUAGAGUGUCAAUGUUUACAUCGGGUCCUGAAAACCCGCACUUUGUAGAGCGUGUCACGGAAGGUCUCAGGUUUGCUAUUACUGUAUCUUUCACAUGUGAUUCCUCCAAAGCAAUUCAAGAUCCGGUACAUAAAAUGUGAUUACAUUUCAUUCCAUAUUUAACAUUUUUAACAACCAACAAACUGCUUUUUAAUUUAAUUAAUAUACAUCUAUAAAAAUUAAUUAUUUUUGCAACUUUAGUGUUGUGAGAAUAAUAUCACAGUAAGUUAAUAUACAAAAUACUAUUGUUUGUUAAAUGUUUUACAUUGUUCUUAUCUUAAAACAUUCCAAAAGUUACACAUUAAUAAAAC